UUUGAAGUCGGAGCCUCCGAAACCAGAAUCCAAUUUCAGGGAAAGCAAUUUUGGUGGUUGCCUUUGUAUUUACUCUUACCCACUUUAUUUUCCAGUCAACCCCUUCGUUUCUCUGUCUUUCAACUCCACAAAUUUUCAGAUCUAGUCAUCAAUUUCAUCUUUCCAGGUUGAAAAUUUUGUGAAGUUUAUAUAUAUUGUAUCUUAAUUAUAAAAGGUCCGUUUUAAUGGCGUCGAAGAGAAUCUUGAAGGAACUUAAGGAUCUGCAGAAGGAUCCACCUACUUCCUGUAGUGCAGGGCCAGUAGGUGAAGACAUGUUCCAUUGGCAAGCAACAAUAAUGGGGCCUGCUGAGAGCCCUUAUGCUGGAGGUGUAUUUCUUGUAUCUAUCCAUUUUCCUCCAGAUUAUCCAUUUAAGCCACCUAAGGUUGCAUUUAAGACAAAGGUCUUCCAUCCCAACAUCAACAGUAACGGGAGCAUAUGUCUUGAUAUCCUAAAAGAACAAUGGAGCCCUGCACUUACAAUUUCCAAGGUUCUUCUUUCUAUCUGUUCACUUUUGACUGAUCCAAACCCGGAUGAUCCCCUUGUUCCCGAGAUUGCACAUAUGUACAAGACAGACCGGCCAAAGUAUGAAGCCACUGCUCGCAGUUGGACUCAGAAAUAUGCUAUGGGUUAAUUGUUUCGUAACAGAAGUUAUCGCUGUCCUUUUGUUAAUCAUCUCCAUGCGUGAAUUUGAGGUGACAAGCAUUUGGAGUUCAGCCUUUGUGAAUACGAUGCAAGAUUUACUACAAUGUAUGAAUGCCUUACUAGUUGCUUUUAUGGGAGCCUUGGGAGGUGUAUGCUCUUAAUGUUAUUUUGCAAAAGAUAUAAGCAUGUGGUUAACUGUUGAAUAUUCCAAUGUCAUUAGUAGUAGUUUGGUGGGAACGUAAUGUUUUCAAGUCUUGAUGAUAAAUCAGAGUUGGUUACUGAAAUUCUGGCAAGAAAAUGUGCUUGAUGGCUAGCAAUUAGCCUUGAUUUUAAUUAGAAGUCCUGGAUUAAGGAUAGAAUCCUGAGUUCCUGACGCAGCA